AUGGAUCAGUCGUCUCUGGUCUACGGCGCGGUCAUCCUCCUCUCGGGAGGCAUAGCGUCGCUGUAUACACUUCUUGUCCUUUGGUCGCCACCACCGAUAAUCACCCACGACUCGGAGAAAAAAUACCUUUCGAAUGCAUCUCCCAAGAAGCCUCUUCCGCUGACCCGCCUCGCCGAUCCGAGCACAGUCGACUUGACCAUUGUCGUGCCCGCAUUCAACGAGACCGAGCGUCUGCCCGCGAUGAUGCAGGACACGAUACAGCAUCUUGCCUCCGUUUCAGCUGGUCUGGAGCACAAACGGACAUAUGAAAUCCUUGUGGUCGACGACGGGUCGAGCGACGGGACCUCGGUGACCGCGUUAGAGCUCGCGAAGAAGUAUCCGCAAGCAAAUAUCAAGGUGGUCACUCUGGAAAAGAACAUCGGCAAGGGCGGCGCGGUGAGGCACGGGAUGCUAUAUGCUGGCGGAGAGCGCUUGUUGAUGGCGGAUGCGGAUGGUGCGAGCCGGAUUCAGGAUUUGGAAGAGCUGUGGAAGGCGAUGGAUAAAAUUGCGCCGGAUAACGGCCCUGGUGUUGUCGUUGGUAGCAGGGCGCAUCUCGUCAAAUCAGAAGCCGUUGUAAAACGUUCCCUGCUUCGUAACAUUCUCAUGUACGGACUGCAUACAAUCCUCCGAAUAGUCGGCGUUGGCCAUAUCCGCGACACGCAGUGUGGUUUCAAGUUGUUCUCCCGUUCAGCAGCGCAGCAGAUAUUUCCGGCUCAGCACCUUCCGACUUGGAUCUUCGACGUCGAGCUCUUGCUUCUGGCCAAGCAGCUCCGUAUACCAGUCGCCGAAGUUCCUAUUGAGUGGCACGAAGUUGCUGGGAGCAAGCUGAACGUCGUCACCGCUUCAGUGCAGAUGCUGCGUGACUUGCUCAUCGUCAGAGCGAACCAUCUACUUGGGCGAUGGACUGCAUACCCUGCAAAACAAAAAUCGGAAUAA